GCGGAGUUCCAGAGCCACACCCGCAACAUGAAUUGCCACCAGACACCCUCCAGAGUCCAACAUCGUUGUCGUUUUCUUUGCGUCUCCUUGGUCGCUCAUAUCGCUUCACAUCCGAUCUCGCAAGCGUUUUUGAAUCGUCUCCAAGUCUUCUUGAAUCUCGUCAUGUUUCCCGUGUCCCCUGUUUUUCUCCGCGCCAAGUUUCAUGUUUGAUUGCUUCUUUGGCGCACUUGGCGCUUCGGGAGCCAAUUUCUUGCAAGCCACAUGCCGAUCACUCUCGAUAACUCGAUGCUUUCUAUUGACGCUCGUGCAUCUCCCCGAUCGAAACCGUUCUCUUUUGGUCUUAGCUCCAUGUUUUUCUUUGUGGCGUCGUCGUGAAUGCAAUUAUGCAAGGCACUUCUGCACUCCUGCACCGAGUUGCAUAAGAAGUUCACCAUCCACUCCUGGUGCGGGGUUUUGGUCAUGCGAUUGCGUUAUGUUUGAAAUUGUUCGAAAGAGCUUGGAAGUGGCGGUGGUGAGAAUGCCGGGAAUAUCCUUCGCAGUUUCAGGAGAUCCGAAAGGCUACCCCUGGGUGUCCCAACUACCCCAGGUCCCAAUUCCCAGCGCCAAUUUGGCCUAGGCUUCGCGGUACAGAUGGAGAGGCGACAACACC